AUGUCGGCAUCCGUGCCCAAUCUCCGUAUGGUCUCAGCGACGGUCAGUGGACACGUGAUCAAAACGUCCGAAUCGCAUCCCAUCAUUAUCUCACCCUUUAUCCCAACCGAAAUCCUCGCGACCCUUGGCAAGUACCUGGUCAUGAUCCCUACCGAGACCACAAAGCCGCUCGUCCUCACGUCGGAUAUUGACGUGCCUUCGCUUCUUCUUGCAUGUGCUCCGCCGAAUCAGUGCCCGAGCGAAGCUGGCCUCGUCGGCAUAACCUCGCAGCCGACUCGUCUUGGCAACCUCCUGCUUAGCUCGUGCCCUGGCAAACGUCUGCGCAUGGACGGUCCUGUCAAGGGCCGUGGACCGGUGUGCCGCGAUCUGCGUGCUGACAUGCGCCGCAUCAAAGGCGAGGGUGUCGGGGCCAUUGUCUGUUGCCUCGAUGAUGAGGAGCUUGCCCUCCUAGGCGUCCCUUGGGACUACUAUCGUGAAGUUGCGUCUGACAUUGGGCUCGACAUUAUCCGCUUGCCGAUGCCUGAUGGUUUCACGCCUGUCUCGCUUCAGCUCUUUGAUGCCCAGGUGUCGCUCAUUGCUCAGAGGUACACUCUUCAGGGUAUCAACGUCCUUGUCCACUGCCGCGGUGGCAUUGGCCGUGCAGGUCUGACUGCGUGUGCGUGGGCGAUCAAGAUGGGCUUUGUUCAGCCUCAUCCUUCGCUCGCUUCAACAAUCAACAAGUCAGAGGCAAUCUCACCGUACGAGCGGCAGAUUGUUAUGUCGAUCGUCGAGCGCGUCAUCGCUAUGAUUCGCUCGAGACGUGGUCUCAAGGCGAUUGAGAGCAUGGAGCAAGUGCAGUUCCUCUCGACUUACGUCACAUGGCUCCGGGAGUGCACCACUGCAUAG